CUGCCCCUCCUCCGAGCUGUGCUCGCUCCGGCGCGCCGGGGGAGGCGGAGCAGAGGCUGCGAUUCAAGCGUCCAUGGCGGGGCCGGGCUCCGAGCCUGGCGAGCUCAGCGACUCCGAGCUGCUGCUGCUGCUGGAGGAGCCGGGGGACCACGUGCUGCAGCCGGGAGACGCUGGAAAGGCAAACUCCUCAAGUGACCUGCCUCUGGCAUCCUUAAAUAAGGUGUUGAUGGAAGACAGUGCAGCCGGGAAGGUGAAAAGAAAGAGAGCGCAGACUCCCCUGGAAAAAUAUUACCUGAAGUACCUUUGCGUGACUGAUCUGUCCACUCAGAGUUGGUGCGAACAACAAAUGGUUUAUGGGAGGGAAGUCCCCCAGCUGCAGGCGCCAGAGACAGUCGUGUUAUUAAACACAGGGAAGAGCAUACAUCUAGCAAGAGAACUAGAAGUCCAUGAUGUAGUGAAAGUACAUACGACCAGCCAGGAAGAUUCUUGGGCAAUAAAAAUACUGAAUCUUCUUUCCGUGAUUCCAGUUCUACAAGCAGGUGGUUGCGUGCGGGAGCUUCCCGUGUUUGGAGUAAUAGAAGAUGUCUUCCUGACGGGAAUUAUUGAUGAACUGUGCUAUAGUGCCAAGGGAGAGCUGGAGCUGAGAGAGCUAAAAACUCGAGGCCGACCUUUUAUGCCUUCUAGAGCACAGAAAAAGAAAGAUUAUUUCCAGGUCUGUUUGUAUAAAUACAUUUUUGAUGCCAUGGUGCAAGGACAACUGAAACCAGAUGUUAUCACCAGUCACAUCCAGCUGAGGCCGGAGCAGCCACUGGGAUCGCAAAUUAGGGAACAUGCUCAGAAAGUAGGAUUCACGGUAACCUGCUUUGGGGACCUCCUGGAACUGAUGUAUCUAAACCUGACACUCUCAGACCUCCCCAGCAUUGACUGUUUGAAAAUCGAAUACAGCCACCAGGAAAGUAACACCCUGCUCGGGACGGAGGUGGUUCGGUUUGAAGAAGAAAAGGUGCGAGAGAAAGCACAGAACUACCUUGCGUACUGGAAAGGACAAAGGGAGGUCCAGGGGGUGGAAAUUGAGGAAGCAUGGAAGUGCCAAUCAUGUAGCUACUCGGAGAUCUGUGAUUGGAGAAAGAAGAGGGCAGAAGGGUCUGAACAGAGAAGCGGACCAAAGAAGAGUAAAUGAAGGCAAUCCUGACCUCCCGGAAGGAGGUUCCUCCUUACUGAUGUGAAAAUAUAUGUGCACUCAAUUCAUGGGGUUAACCAGUCAGAAUGGAGUGGACCAUAAGCGUGGGCCAAACCCAUCACUUUACUAAGCAGAAGUCGUUGCACCAAUGGUGAAUGGCAGCGUGUUCGUAAUGUGACAUUUUAAGUGCUCCUAAGAAAAUACUGUUUUGGAUAGUACAUAUUGUUAUGGGGUGUAGUCUAAGCACAAGGCAAGCUGUGUGAGUUGCUACACUUCUCUGAACCUUCAUUUCCCCAUCUAUAAAAUGGGGGUAAAUGCCUACCGCAUAUGGGUUUUCUGAGGGUUAUGUAAUUUUAUCUUGGUGAAGUGGUUUGAACAAUAGUUUCUUUUAUUUCCUACUGCUCUAAACUCUUAUGUAGAGAAGGUUCCAAACCAUAAGCCCAGAUCCUAACACUCCCAAACUCGGUGCUUCAUCUUUAGUUCCUUUGGAGUAACUUACACCUCAUCUGUCUUCUCCAUCUGCUCUCCCAAAGAUCCUAUAUCAGACAUUCUCUUUAUAAGAUUGAAGCUGAACUCAGCUCUCUCCCAAAACCCAUUAGUGCUACACCAGGGCAUAGUGAUAUGAAGGCUGGAAUUUUUCAGAGGUUGCCUGAAUUUGGCACCUAACUCCCUUAGGUUCCUUUGAAAAUCUCAGCUGAAGGCCCAGCCCUGGUACGAUGCCAAGUACCCUCACUUCCAUUGGUAUCAGUGGGAGAUGUGGUCAUUCGUUGCCUUGCUGGGUCAGCCUCUUAAAAGCCGAUCUGAUUCCGUUCCUUAUGUAAGCCUUUAACCUUUUUAUGUGUUGUCAAAAUUACAUGUUCUAGUAAGUAAGUAAUUUAGAAUCAGCUGACUAUUUAACAUAUUACUUGAUUAUCUGUAUCAAGGAAAAUGUAUUGUUUUUAAAAUGUUUACUGUGUAAUAACAAAGUUCUUAAUUGUGGGGGAAGAGGGGUUGUUUGGUAUGUUUGGGGGGGUUUUACUAUUGAAAUCAAAUAAAUAGAAACUUUCACUAUUUCCAUAGCAGGAAAUUAUCCUGUUAAUUGAAUUUUUUGGGGGUGGGGGGCAGGGGAAAUGAAUUCAUUUCUUCUAUGUUGGACUAAAAACAACCAGUUUUGAUUUUGUGUGUGCAAGGGGGAGUUAAUUAGGAAGGAAAGCUAUAACUACUGCAGAACUUGUGAAAUUUAAAUAUUACAGUUAGAAGAGAAUGCUCAGACAUGAUGAGCUAUGUCCUCAACUAGUGUAAAUUCAUAGAUUGGCUCCUUCAGGCCUUAAAACUUCUUAUUCUGAUCAUCUAAUCUGAUCUAUUGUAUAACACACAUCAUAGAACCUCACCCAAUAAUUUCUGUGUCGAGCCUCUAUCUUCUUGUGUGAGUUAUGUCAUAUAUUUUUAGAAAACCAUCCAGUCUUGAUUGAAAGACUCCAAGUGACAAAGAAUCCACCACCUCCCUGGGUAAGUUGUCCCAAUGGUUAAUCAUGUUCAUUCUUAAAAACUUGUGCCUUAUUUUUCACCUCCGUGCUUCAAUUUCCUUGUUUGUAAAAUGACGAUAAUGCUACUGACUGUUGUAAAGCAUUCUUAGAUCUGCUGAUGAAAAGCACUAUUAGGUAUUAUUAUUUUUAAUCUGAAUUUGUCAUUGUCAUCUUCUGCCAAUUUAAAAAGCCAUUCCUAUCA